AUGACAAAGAAGACAGUCAAAAAGAACGCUAGAGGUAAUACCGUUGAUUUGCAAACUUUCUUAACUACUAGCUCCGUUGACAGCUGGGCUGAAGAAAUGGAAGGAGAACCAACAACAACAACACCAACUGCUGCUUCCACAACAUCAACUGGUCUUACUCUUGAUGAAUUAAGAGCCAACAAUGAAGGUUCUCACGGAGGUAGUAGAUUCAAUAAUAACAGUGGUUUUGGUCAACACAGAGAAAACAAUUACUCUCGUGAAUUGGGUAAUAGUGCCCAAUCUAAAGUUAAACCUUCAUCUUUCUACUCUGAAGGUGCUCCACAAAAAUCAUCUUCUGGUUUCAGCGAAUCAUCUUCAUUUGAAAGAAGAGAAAGAAGACCACAACAACAAAAUGAAUUACCAACUGAAAGACCAUUUGUUGCUUUUAUUGGUAACUUGUCAUUCAAUGCUACCAAAGAUGAUUUGUCUGAUUUCUUCGGUGAAUCAAGCCCAAUCAAUAUUUCCCUUCCAAAGGAUAAAGAAACUCAACGUCCAAAGGGUUACGGAUAUGUUGAAUUUGACACUGUUGAAGAUUUAAAGCUUGCUAUUAGUCUCAAUGGUAGCGAUUUCAUGGGUAGAUCCAUCAAGAUUGAUAUUGCUUCUCCUGAUACUGCUGCUAAGGUCACUGUUGAUAAUAGAGAUUCAUUCAGAGGAGGAAAUAGAAGAGAAGGUGGAUUUAGAAGAAAUGAUAACUUUGAAAGAACUCAACCACAAUCUGUUGCUGAUAAAGCUGACAAUUGGAGAACUGGUGGUGAUUUGGAUGUUAACCCAUUCGGUAGCAAGAAGAAUAAUACUAACAACACUACUCGUAAACCAAGAGAAGAUAACAAUGCUGGUGGAGCUUUUGGAUCUUUCUCAUCAAAGCCAAGAUAUGAAGAAUCAAAGUCAUCUCAAAGACCAGCUAAACCUUCACUUUUCGGAGAAGGAAAGCCUUGGGAACCAAAAGAAAAGGAUUUGAAAGCUUUGGAACCAAACUUGGAUAUUUUGUCUUCAAAGAAGAAGGCUACACAACAAAAGAAGGAAGGUGAAACUAACCAAGAAGAUGAAUUCCAAACUGCUACUUCAAAGCCAAGAGGUGGUAGAAGAUAUCAACAAGCUAACAGAGGUGGUUUCUCAAACAAUACCAAUAAUACCAAUAAGAAAGCAACCUCUUCUAAGAAGUCUGAAGAAGAAGAACAACAAGAUCUUGAAAGCAAGAAUCAAUAUGCUGCCCUAAGUGAACAAAACGAAUAAGGUUAUUUCUGUAAACCCUAAUAAUUUUGAUUUCCUAUUUCUUUUAAUUAUUAUCUAAACUCUUAUCCCAAUAAAUAUUCCCCUCCAAUUUUAUUAUGU